AUGCCGGCCCGGAACUCGCCCGUACCCAACUUGGACCUCAGCUCGUCCAAGUCGGCGUCGAGCAAUGCAAAAGUAGCGUCUCCGUUGACCCCAGGGGGCCAGAGCUCGGAUGGACCGAGUCCGCGGACGCCUCGUUCGCCCAAGUCAUCGUCGAGCUCAACAUUCGUCAAGGGUGCUACGAUCCGUCCCGUCACCCAAGAGUCGAGCAGCAAACCGAACAGCCCCUCUUUGCCCAAUUCUCCAGAUUCGGCCGCUGAAGCAACCGAGCCUCCUCCCACACCUGGCUUCACGGCCAUUCCGCAGCAUUUCCCUACCGCGCCGAAGCAUGGUCGAGAUGCGUCCCGGUCAUUCUUCGGCAAUCUCAAAGCACCCAAGUCGUCUCACAGAGCCCACCGGUCCGACAGCUCCGAGAAUUCGACGACCGAACCCCCAAAGAGCCGGGGUAGUUCUCGAGAUCGCAAGGCGCAUAUGUCGCCCAAGUCAUACGAGUCGACCCCAGAUCUGCCAGGAACCAUUGCUCGGGCAGCUGAUAACGAAAAGGAGAGGGGUAUGCAAAACGAUUACAGAAAAGCCGGCACGGAUACGGAGUCCGCGGCCCCAAAGAAGAGCAAGCCGCGCUUUGCAAGUCUUCUCACGCGCUCUCGCUCUAUCCGUGUGGAUGAGUCGUCGGGCAACAAAGCAGCUGGUCGACGCCCGUCAACCGGACUGGCGAAAUUGGAGGAGCUUCGGACCCAAAGCAACACGCAGAACCCUCCACAGUCUGCACUCCCACGACUGGAUCAUCGUCCGGUCCAAGAAACACUGAAAACGCCCACGACGGAGUCCAGCGGCGCUACUCUCCGAAAAGAGAGGAGCUACGGCGGAUCUAUGGUCACAUCGGCCUCUUUGAGCCAAGUCUCUGGUGCAUCUGCUGCCCUGUUCAACAACCUGAAACAAUCCUCGACCGGUGCCGCCGGUCGCCUCGGCAAGGCCGGAAAGGGAUUUUUCGGCAAGAUGACACGUAGUGGGAGCACCAAUGAGCGCGAGCUAUUCACCGAUGACACUUAUGUCUGUUCCGUGAUCAACCUGCCGUUGAUUGAGCAGGCGCGCAAGACCCGCAUUGCGAAGAAACUCGAAGACUGCAGAGACAAGACCGAGUUCUGGAUGCCUGCCUUACCUUACCGCUGUAUUGAUUAUCUCAAUUUCAAGGGCUGCGAGGAAGAAGGUCUGUAUCGGGUUCCUGGCAGUGGCCGAGAGGUGAAGCAUUGGCAGAGGCGAUUCGACUCGGAGCUGGAUAUUGAUCUUUUUGACGUCCCUGAUCUGUACGAUAUCAACAUAAUCGGGUCGAUGUUCAAGGCCUGGCUCCGUGAGCUGCCUGACGAGCUCUUUCCCAAGGCGACGCAGGACAUGAUCGCAGAGAAGUGCGAGGGUGCUACCACCGCCCCGCAGCUGCUCAAGGAUGAGCUGUCCAAGCUACCACCGUACAACUAUUACCUCCUCUUCGCCAUCACCUGCCACCUCAACCUCCUCCACUCGUACGUGGACCAGAACAAGAUGGACUACCGCAACCUGUGCAUCUGCUUCCAGCCCUGUAUGAAGAUGGACGCUUUCUGCUUCAACUUCCUGGUCUGUGACUGGAAAAAUUGUUGGCAGGGAUGCUGGACCGAGAAGGAAUUCAUCCAGAAAGAAAAGGAGAUGGACGAGAAGGAGCAACAGGCCGCAGAGGAGAAGGCUGCUGCUUCUGUUGCUACGGAGAAGGCACAGGGCAACGCGCAAAAUUCCACCGGUGAUGAACACGCUGUCUCGUCUUCCAGCAGCAGCCAACAUACCGAGGAGGAACCAUCUUCUCGUCCGAACACUUCACGGAGCCGUAAGCAGCGGCCCAAGGAUAUCGACACCUCGCACGGUCGCAAUCCCUCUCACCUCCCAGAACUUGGCCCGCCGCUUUCUCCUAUCAAAAUAUAA